ACCUACCUAUAUAGGUAACAUGCACAUAGGAUUUAAAUAAAAUAUUAUUUUAACUGACAUUUGGAACCAAACUACGUAUCUAUUAUUAGUAAAAGAAAAACUGUAAAAGAAUCUUCUUAAAUGUUAUUGUACAGGUUGUUCGGGAGUGCUCUAAUAUUGCGUGUAGCAAAACUGUAUAACAUCGGAACUAUGACGAGCAGUAUGAAUCAAUGCAAUACUGUGACGCGGUACCUCAAUCAGUCAGAAGCGGCAGCACUGGACCAGGAUCUUUUCACUGAAUACAAGUUUAGUGUCGAUCAACUUAUGGAACUUGCUGGCCUGAGUGUUGCUAGUGCCAUUGCCAAGGUCUUCCCACCCUCAACUCACUCAUCAGCUCUUAUAGUGUGCGGGCCAGGAAAUAAUGGAGGAGAUGGUUUAGUAGCCGCAAGACAUAUGCAGUUGUUCGGAUACAAUGUAUCGGUACAUUAUCCUAAACGCACACCCAAACCUUUGUAUGAAAACCUUCUGGAACAAUGCAUAAGAUUCAAUGUUAAUAUAAUUGAUAAAUUACCAGACACUAAAGAUUUAAAUAAUGAAUAUAAGGUACUUGUUGAUGCCUUAUUUGGGUUUAGUUUUAAACCACCAGUACGGGAAGAAUUGAAGCCAGCAUUGGAUGCGCUAAUUGAUUCUAAUUUACCCGUAUGCAGUGUCGAUAUACCUAGUGGCUGGGAUGUCGAAAAAGGCCCAGGUGAAGGAAGAGCAUUGAAACCUGCACUACUAAUAUCACUUUCUGCACCUAAGCUAUGCGCCAAACCAGAGUUCUUAAGGAACACCAAACAUUAUUUGGGAGGAAGAUUUCUGCCAACUGAUAUAUUGAAGAAAUAUAAUUUAGAAAUUCCACAAUAUCCUGAUCAGGAACAAAUUGUAAAAUUAUCUUGUUAAAAAUUUUGUUUUACUAUGCCCUAUAUUAUAAUAAAAACUACUAUUAUUGU